GCGGUCACGUGCCCGCGAUGGCGCAGCAGUUCCGGGUCCUGCGGUGCUGCCGCUGCCGCCGCUUCCAAGUGCACCCGGUCAAGCGCGGCGGGAAGUGGAGCUGCAGCGUGUGCGGGCAGCGGCAGGCCGUGCAGAAGGUUUACGGGCAGGGCUCCGGCCCGGACUGCAGGCACCACGUCCAGAAGUUAAACUUGCUGCAGGGAGAGGCAGAGGAAGCGCUUGGCUGGACAUCUUGGUGCAUAGAAGACUCUGUAAAUGACAGCAAAACCAGAGCAGCACAACGAGAGGACAGUUUGGUCCAGCAGGAGGGAAGUCAGACGUUAGAAGGGAGUCGCUGGAGCAAAUAUCUGGACCAGGAGAGCGAGGAUCAGGAAGAUGGGGAGGAGGAGGCAGCUCUAGCAAGGCAACAGUUCUGUUCCCAGAAGAAGAACGCUGUGGGAGAACAAAGGAAACAUCGGAAGAGCUUCCUCUCCAGUGAUGUUCUGGAGCAUGCAGAAGAAAAUGGAGUUUUCCAGUCUGUCUACCAAGCCAAAAAGAUUAAAACCACUGAGCGCAAGAAGUGCUUUGCAGCAGUGCCUGAUGGGGAUGACAGAGAUGCUGUUUCUGGAGGCAGAGUGGUUCCUGCUGUCUGUGAGGCUGCAGUGCCUGAGGACAACACGCAACCCCCAACCACCUGUGCCAGACCAUCGAAGUGGGGGAAAUUUCUCUCAUCUUCUGACAACUCCAGUGAAAACACUGCUGGGGUGACCUCAUCGCUGUGGGGGGGCAGUGGAGGUUUGGGGCUGGACAGCACCACUGCAGCAGGUGCUGGUGGAGGCAGGAGAUGCUCAGAACAGGCUGGAGGACCUUUGCCUCAAGGUACAGGCUUUAAAUUUAAAAAGUGUGUUGCCAGCACUGAGGGUCUGGCUAUGAAAUUGCCCAGCACCAGAUGCUCAACUGAGGAUGUGUCCAAAGAACCUCAGAGUCAGACAGAAACUACUGCAGGAAGCUGCUGUUUGGUUAACACCAGGAGGGCAAAUACUCUUGUUAACUCCAACCCCGGGCCAAAGCUGAGCAACAUUUCUUGUGAAAAACUCUUUUGCACGGGUGAGGAGUUUGAUGAUGAUCUCUGAGAAGUUCAGACAUCUUUGGCAUUGCUUUCUUGUCUCUAUAAUGUAUGUCAAGUACUGAGGCACAAUUUUUAACUGAAGGUGGCUUCACUCUAAGCCACUAUUAGAACUACACUAUUAAAGUUGUUUACUUGCCUUAUGGUUGUGUUUGGGGGGGAGGGACCAUUGCUCUCAGGUUACAGUGUUGUCUAGCAACCUCAGCAGCCAGAAAUAGGAAUGGAAGUAGGUCAGUUUGUGGGGAGAAAGCUCCCAGGGUUUAAGGACUCCUUGCCAGUACAAUUACAUACUGUGAUUAACUCCUCCUUACAAAAUCACAGCUCUUUUCCCCUGGACUACAUCCUUGUUUAGAUCUCCCAUAGCAACCCUUUCUUCCAGAGCUGCAGAGCCAGCAAAGCACUGGAUUUCCUUUCGUAAGUGUAGCCCUAAGUGUGCAAAGUAUGUGCAAAAAGGCAGCCCUAGGCUGAUUUCAGCCUGGUCCCUCCACUCUGUUAACUAAGUUACAGUACGUAAAGCAAUAAAGCUGUGAUACUGAAACUCUCA